CUGUUGGAGGCAAGACAGAUCGAGAUAAAGAGAUAAAGAGAGAGAGAGAGAGAGAGACAAAGGGCUGCAGCCAGAUAACCCUCCUCACAUAUCCAGGACACUGCGGAGAAGCUUUCAGACUUCCAAGUCAAAGCUCCCGGAGAGAAAGCAGCUGUCACGGUCCUCCGCGAGGAUCCACCGGUUGUCUGGACUCCAAGAAACCGCAUUUAAAGCCACUAAACACGGGGACAAUGAAGACGCUCCUGCCGCUGGUGAUCCUCCAGCUGCUGUUGGCUCCAGUGCUCAUGGUGCCCGGUGUGGAUCACUGGGACUCAUGGGGUCCUUAUGGAGAAUGCAGCCGGAGCUGUGGCAGCGGAGUGACCAUGAGAACCAGAAGCUGUAUCACACACAGGAGUGAUGGAGGACACAACUGUGUGGGACCAGACAAGUCUUACCGCACCUGCAACAUCCAGGACUGUCCCGAGGGAUCCAAGGAUUUCCGUGAAGACCAAUGCUCCCAGUUUGAUGGGGCUGACUUCCAGGGGAAACUCUACAAGUGGCUCCCAUAUUAUGGAGCUGAGAACCCCUGUGAGCUGAACUGCAUGCCAAGAGGAGAAAACUUCUUCUAUCGCCACCGCAGCUCCGUGGUCGAUGGGACGCCCUGUCACCCCGGACGGAGGGACGUUUGUGUGGAGGGAGUCUGCAAGCGUCUCGGCUGUGACAACACGCUGGAGUCUCUUCAGCGGGAGGACCCCUGCCUGCAGUGCGGGGGCAACGGACAGUCCUGCUCCCAAGUCAAAGACAGCUUCUCUGUCCGCGACCUGCCAACUGGCUACAACCAGAUGUUCAUCAUCCCUGUCGGAGCCACCACCAUCAGCAUCAGGGAAACGGUGGCCACGCGCAACUACCUCGCUAUCAAGAACCUGCGUGGUGAGUACUACCUCAAUGGCCACUGGGUAAUUGAGUUUUCCAGGGCGACACCCAUUGCUGGGACUAUGCUGUACUACCAGCGAGGAGCUGAGGGGGACAACGUGCCCGAAACCAUCAUCGGCCGCGGCCCCACCACCGAACCCCUGGUCAUUGAGCUGAUCAGCCAGGAGCCAAACCAAGGAGUGGAGUAUGAAUUCUAUCUUCCCAAUGGACGCUCCAGACAGGGCUACUACUGGAGCUUUGGAUCCUGGUCUUCCUGCAGCAGAGAGUGUGGAUCAGGCUACCAAUCUCGUUUGGUGUUCUGCACCGUUGACAACGAGUCCUACCCCGACUAUCUCUGUGCAUCUCUGCCGAGGCCACAGACCAACCGUACGUGCAACCCCCACGCAUGCCCACAGAGCCGCAGCUGGAAAACCCGAGAGUGGAACACCUGCUCCGUCACCUGCGGUGGAGGCUCUCAGGUGCGCAGCGUGCAGUGCGUCUCCCAUGAUGCCGCGGGCCCCCGCGUGGUGGAGGACGCCGUGUGCGCCGCCUACGCCGAGCCACCGCCCGCUCUGCAGACCUGCAACAUGCAGAAGUGUGCAGAGUAUCAAGUGACCAGAUGGAGCGCGUGCUCGGUGAGUUGUGGUUCAGGCCAACAGACCAGGGAAGUGACCUGCGUCGGCUCGGGGGGAAUGCGGCUUGAGGAAACAUCCUGCGGCACUCUGCUCCGCCCGACCGCCGCCCGGCCCUGUGAGACGGCGGCCUGCCGGAGACAGACCAGCUGGCACGUCGGAGACUGGGGACUGUGCUCCAUGAGCUGUGGCUCCGGCUCACGAGAGCGGCAGGUGAUCUGCUCCGACCGAGAGAGGAACCUGUACCCCGUGGUCCAAUGUAACGCCCACCCCAAGCCCUCCACCGUGGAGCGCUGCAACACCCAGUCCUGCUACAGCCCACAGGGAGUUCCCAGCAUCCAGGACACACGAGGACACGACAACACUCAGACGGUUUUCCAGCCUCAUGUGCCAGAUUACGCGACAGCUCGCAGGACGGAGACGGAUCCGAGCCAGACGAACACAGUCCACGACCCUCACGGCUCCGCCCCCGCCCUCCACUGCAGCCAGUCCUAUUACGGCUGCUGCCCGGAUGGACGCACUUCGGCCGGGGGCCCCCAAGGUCUGGGCUGCCCACAUGUCCCAGCCCCCGCCCCUGUCCAGCCACACUGCGUCCGGACCAGUUAUGGCUGCUGCCAAGACGGAGUGACGGCGGCCCGGGGCCCCAACCAGGAGGGCUGCGUGGAGUACGCUGUCCCUGCAGCCACUGCUGCUUCUUCUCUGCCCACUGAGAAUGGAGCGCAGUGCCGCAUCACUACCUACGGGUGCUGUUAUGACCGCACCACACCUGCAGGAGGACCCAACGGGGAGAGCUGCCCCAGCCCACCAAACCACAUUGAGCGCUCCAUCUGCUCGCUGCCUCGCGCCGCCGGCUCCUGCAGCGGCUGGGUGUCGCGCUACCACUACGACGUCAUCGCCUCCAAGUGCGUGCACUUCUGGUACGGAGGUUGCCACGGCAACAGCAACAACUUCAUGACCCGGGCCGAGUGCCAGAGGGGUUGCCGGGGGCCUUCAGUGGGCCAGCAGGGCCCGGGGCCGGUUGCUCCCGCCGCAGAGACGACUUCUCGAAGGGAAUCCACCGCUGUGAGGACCGCACCCGGAGGAGGUACAGCAUCUGGAGCAGGAACAGCAUCUGGAGCAGGUGGAUUCACGUCCGGAGGGUCAACAGGCGGGGGGUCACGCAGCAUGGGGAGGAUUUUCACAGUCCAGGGAGGAUCGACCAGCGGCACCGGCAGACAGGCCACCAGCGCCGCCAACCAUGCCCACAGAGCCAGAGUCUUCCUGCGCACUCGCCGACCUCCCCCUGCUACCGCUGCACAGCACACCGGCCCAGCGGCGAGCUUGACCCUCGGAGAAGUGACCAUCGAUAAGUCGGACCCCUCCACGGUGGAAGCUCUCGUGGGCCAGACCGCGGUGCUGCCCUGCAGAGUCAGCCCGCCGCCGUCCUCCACUGUCAAUGUGGAGUGGAGAAGAGAUGGCGUCCCUCUGUCGACGCACAGGCAUCACCAGCAGCCCAACGGCUCCCUGUUGGUUGGUCCUCUCACUAAGUUGGACUCGGGUUGGUUCCUGUGUGUAGCUACUCGUGAACAGGAGAGAGACCACCGCUACAUUAACCUGUCCGUCUCAGAGGGAUCAUCUCAGCUGGUUCAUACCUCACUGCCUGGAGACGGCCCUUUGCCGCGCUUCAGCAUCGAGCGGUCGAGCUCGUCUUUGCUGGAAUCGCGAGCCGGACAAACCGCCAGACUGUCCUGCACGAUCGUCCCUCUGUCAGCUCUUCAGGCUGUCAGCAUCCAGUGGACUAAAGAUGGACACGCCCUCAGUGACUCCAGGUUCACCCAGCAUGCAGACGGCUCUCUGACCAUCGGCUCGCUGAAGUCUGCGGACUCCGGCGUCUACACGUGCACGGCCUCCUCUCAGCAGCAGCUGGAGCAGCGGCAGCUGCAGCUCAGAGUCCAAGCCGACCUGAAGAUCACCACAGCUCCCAAUAACAUCCAGGUGUCCGAAGGCAGCACGGCGCUGCUCCCCUGUGUGGUGUCAGGAGACAACGUCAACAUAGGCUGGUCCAGAAACGGCGUGCCGGUGCGGCCGGACGGUCGUGACAUCCAGACGUCCUCCGACGGCAGCCUGAUCCUGAAUAACGUCAAGCCUUCCGACGAGGGCACGUACACCUGCAACGCUUACACCGGCAUCUACUCCGUGAGCGCCACGGCCGAAGUUCGAGUCAUCAAAGACACCCAACAAGGUGUCGACGUGCCGCCAGAAUGCGUGGACCAGCCGGAGCUCGCCAACUGCGAGCUGAUAGUUUACGCCCGCCUGUGCUCCAACUCGUACUACUCCAGCUUCUGCUGUGCCAGCUGCACCAGGCACUCGCAGAGGAACAAGCGGUUUGGUGGGUCGGGGUGGGAGAAGAGGGCGAGACGUUGAAGCUGCAUUUUGGAAAAACCUUCCAACACCCUGAACCUUUGCCAAAAGUACUCAAAACUGCAACGGAGUAAGGGACCGAUUCCGAGUAGAUGUCGUUAAAUCUGUGGAGCUGGAGUUCAGGGAGUCUGUUUGUACACUGCAUGAAACACUGAGUAUGGAGGCAGUAAAGAGGGGCAUCAAUGUAAAUGUAAUCAAUGUAAACCUGGAGAGUCUGUUGAAUGUGAUGAAGCAAGAGUCAAACUUUCUUUGUCGUUGUUGUUCCUUUAUAAGUAAGUUAUUUUCUCUUUGGAGCGACUGUACGUGUUCUCCGUUUUUUAGAGAACACUUUUACUUGCAGGUCAUUAAAAAAGAUUUAACAUGUACAUCCAGUGAAAUUAAACUGUUUUAAUUAAAUGAAUAUUUUGGGCUAUUU